AUGAAAGCCAGGGAGAGGGUGGGAGAGGGUGAACCGCAGGAGAGAGGGAAGGGAAAGAUAGCCGCAAGGGUAAGAAGUGUGAUAUCCUUUUAAAAAAGAGUAGUUCAAUUUAUCGUUGUGAAGGAUGAAUCUAAACACAGGUUUACCUCGUAUCUAAGGUUUCAAUAUCUGUAAAUCUCAAUCAAGGUCCAGCCCUUCCAGACAUUCAGUUAAUUUCAAAACAUUCAGUGAAGGUGUGUUUGGUGAUUUUGUUAUAGGGGAAAGUUCAAAGGUUAAACGUUCACAGUGAGCUUGAGGUGGCCGUACACCUUGCUGCAGACCAGGAAAGGAAGCCAAGGUAAGAAUUUGACACCAUGAUUUCUGCCGCAAUGGUGUUUGCUGGUAUUGUUUACCCGCUGUGUCAGCAAGCGGAAGUCUUUGAUACCUCCAAUUAGAGAACGGAUGAGAGCUGGGAAUCACUAAGGGGUGUGGGUACAAUAUGCGUCAAGGCAGCCAAGUAUAUUUGAACUAGUCAUACUGUAACGCCAAGCUAGUGAGCUACUGUAUCAAGAAACAGAAUGGAGGUACAGGUGACAUUUCUACGUGUGUAAAAUUUAAUUUUAAGUCAUUUGUUAUAAUGUAACUCUGAUUGCCAUCCCAUAGAUGGAAGGAAGGGAGGUGGUAUUGCCGACUGUGUCCCGCAUUGCAGUGUGUGGUGGUACCCAUGGCAAUGAGCUGUCAGGAGUGUACCUGGUGAGAGAGCGGCUGAAGAGGAAGAGAAAGGUGGAAGAGGAAGACCACAUCUCCGUGGUGACUGUGAUGUCCAACCCGCGUGCCGUCCAGCAGUGUCGGAGAUACACAGAGACAGACCUGAACCGCUGCUUCACCCACGCCACCCUCAGGUCUGAUGAUUAUGAUGAUUAAGUACAAGGGAGAAGGGAUGGUGGUGAUGAUAGUGAUUAUGAGAAUGUAGUAGAAAAGAGAAAUGAUGAUGGCGACCAUGACGACAUUUAUGUCAAAAGGUAUGAUGAUGGUCUGUGGGGCUUAUGUUGGUAAUGGUGAAAGUGAGGAAGGAGAUGAUGAGAAUGAGCGGGAUAAAGAGCAUGAUGAAGUUGCCGACAAAAGUUGUAUUAGUGUUGAUGGUAACGACUAUCCAUUCAUCCUUCUCUCUCGCCCUCUUAGUGGGCCUGUGACAGACAAAACGCCCUAUGAGAUAGUGCGGUCCCAGGAGCUGAACUCCCUGCUAGGUCCUAAAGGCAGUCCAGAGGCCAUGGACCUGGUGUGUGACCUCCACAACACUACCGCUAACAUGGGCCUGUGCCUCAUCGCCUACUCGGACUGCGACUGGAUCUCUCUCCACAUCUACAGAUACCUGCAGGCAAGAGCAAACGAUCCUCACAGAGACUCAAAUCAUUUUGGAUGCAUUUUCUCAUUAGAGUAGAUCUGCACUGAUUGAAAAUAUGGGAUAGUUAUAUUCUUAAAGAUCAAUAUGGAUGAAGGAAAGUUAACAAGGGAUAGGAUGACUUUUUAGAUUUUAAAUUAAUUUAGGAACUCACUAAGGGUAGAACAUGAGGUUGGCCUUAACUAGUCUGUUUCCAACAAUUUGGAAUGAUCUUUGAAUAAUAGCCUACAUUGUGCUAAGAAGAACUUUGAACCAGAUAUAUUUUGAGGAUACACACAAUCAUAGUGGAAAUAAGAUCUGAGAUUCCUAUGAUCUCACACAUAUUGUUGUUAUCUUGAGAUAAUUUCUGUCAGGUUACCACUGGGGGAUUGACCAUUUAUUUUGUUUUCCAGAGACAAAUGUCUGAUAUACCUGUGAGGUUCAUUCACUUCGACCUUCCCCUCAAUGAAGCAUAUUCCCUCGAGUCUGUAGGUAAACAUGGCUUUGGUGAGUUAGUAGGGAGGUGGGCUUCCUUACUGCCAGUACAUUUUCCAGUUUAUUUUGCCAUGGUAGUUAAACAGCUAUGCUUAGUAGUCUGAUGAUGCACAUCUCUUGUUCAUACUUUUAAAAUGGAACCACCUUUGCCAUUUUUAACAGUGCUUGAUUGAUUGAUAGAGUUUGUUUUGACAAUGUAAAAAAUACAUAUACAGCCAGUACAUACUGUACAUUAAAAAAAAAAUCAAGGAUAGCACAAUUACGUAUUUCCAUUGUGGUCCUUUUGGCAAGAUUAAGGCAGGAAUUGUAAAACAAAUGUUGCAAUACAUGCUAUAGAUGCACACAAUGAAAUGCAAUUCAUGUAAAUGUAUCUUUUUUCCCCUGCAGCGAUUGAGAUUGGUCCUCAGGCCCAUGGAGUAGUCAGGUCCAAUAUUUUAUCCGCAAUGCAAGAAGGGGUCCAGCACAUGAUAGAAUGGGUCCGCCUCUUUAACUCAGGUACAUGGCCUACAGAAUCCUUUCCAACAUUCAAUUCAGCGCUGCUUUCAGAUUGAAAUAGUUCACUGUCCCACAUGCUUGCAUUGUAAACCCUCAUUCAGAUUCCUCCCACAGAGCUUAAUCUUCCCCUCUUUCUCUCCUCCUCUCCCUGUCUCUCUCUUUCACAGGGACCCAGUUUGAAGGAGGAAAAGUGGAUGUGUACACCAUGGUGAAAAAUUUGGACUACCCAAGAGACUUUGAGACCCACGGCAUUACAGCCGCCAUUCAUCCUCAACUCCAGGUAUACAAUGCCCUUGAAACUUUAACAACUGGACACUCACUUAGUAUGGGAUGCACAAUAGUUCCCUUCUAAGUAACAGCAAAGCAAUCUCUGGGUCAGGAUUUGGUAUACCCACACUUGGAACCCUCCUCCACUCUUUAACUCCUCUGUCUCUCGCUCCCCCAUCUCUCUCAGGAUCGGGACUUCUGCCUCCUCCACCCCAAUGACCCUGUGUUCCAGACUUUCUCCGGAGAGACACUAAAGUACAAAGGGACUGAGCCACUCUAUCCAUUCUUCAUUAACGAAUGUGCGUACUAUGAGAAGGGCAUAGCUCUCUCCCUUGCAAGACGGAGGAGUGUGGGGAUACCAUCCAUUCGAUCGGAGAGAGAAGGAGAACAGGGAAAGAGGAAAAGUGCAGCAGAAGAAAUGGAGGAGGAAGAAGAAAUGGAAGAGGAAAUGGAGGAGGAAGGCUAUCAGAAGCUAAUGGUAUAUGGAGAGGAGAGUGAGUCACUAAAUUGACAAUACAAAUGAGAGCUCAUUUCAAGUUCUUGAUAUGAAUGGUGGAUUUUAAAAAAUGUCAUGUAAAAUGAGACACAUUGAUCAAAUGUUAUGAACUUCAAAUAAUAAUAAAACAUCC